AUGACAUACUUCAAGACAAGUGGAAACUUGUCAAAGCGUGAUGGACCUGGGGUAUCAGAUUCCGAGCUUGAUACACUCAUUGAUCGGUGGAAUAGCAUAUGUGCCACAAAAUUCUGUUCUGAGAACAAAAACCUUUUGGAGGCAGCUGGAUGGAGAAAAGGUGCCGAGCAGAGUCCAACCAAUUCUCCAGCUGGUACACCUCACAACUCUCGGGCCAGCCACGAGAGCGCUCCCCAGAACGAGCCAGUAACAGAGGAACUGGACUUUGAAGGUGCUGUAUGGCCCACUGUCAAGAAUGAACUCAUGGAACUCGCAGAGUCGAGGAUCAUACGCUGGGUCGAAGAUAAGUUACGAGAACGGGUGCAGGCCCUGGACUCCCUAACUAGGCCACCCCUUUUGAAGGCCAACAGCUCUCCGGAGUCGUAUCAGAUUUAUGUGAGAUACCUCAUGAAUCGCACAAAAGCUGCAGGAAAGAACUCCACGACGAUCAGAGACACUGAGGCUGUUAUGUCCAUGGCAUUGGAUCUUUUACCAGGUCUAGAGGAGCGACUGCGGGAUCAGCUCGAACAUGUGGUCGCCAAGCAAGAAGAUCGUCCUGGGGAUGGUAUUAAACAUGACCAGUCUAAUGGCACUGAUCAUGACGAGGCAAGCCAUGUGUCUGAGAGUGCCCACGAGCAUCUUGAAGAGGCUGAUCACGACAUUGAUCACAAAAUGCAAAAAGCCCAGGAAGAGGAUGAUAUGGAAGAAGAAGUCAAGACGAGACUCGAAGAUGGUUCUGAAGAGGAUGAAGUCGAAGAAGACUCUGAUGAUUUCGAGGAAUUUUACGCAGAAGAAAACGAGGAUGACACAUACGAGGAUCCCGAUGACCCCAAUCGGCAGUAUAGAGGUUCGAUCCUCGAGUCCAUCGAACCUCGAACUCCGAUCGUCACUCCACGGUCAAUGGCCCAACUCCGUUACUACGAGCAGAAGUACCAGGACAUGCUUAGAGCUGCCAAAGGCCAGGAAAAGACAGCUGCCGCCGUACUUCGUUCUGUGGACGAAGAAGAGCGACAAGAGAUCUCCCGGAAACGAAAGGCUUCAGAAUCUGUGGAGCCUGCUCUUGCUAUCCGAAGUAAGUCGAUGGAGCAGCGACUCGCUAUGCUAGGCACUCCGACACCAGCGGGCAGAAAGAGACAGCGACUUCAUCAAAGCCAACAUAGUCCAGCUUCUACAGCUUGCUCGUCUGAGCUGCUUCCGUCUCUUGAGGAUAUUUUUAGCUCAAGCAUUGGUCGAGCGUCGUCGGCAACGACGCAACCAUUUCCCAACUCCUCGAGCCCUGCAGUUCGAGCAGGCAAGAAGAAGAGCGAAAGAAGGGACCGAAGUAGGGCCCAGAGCAAGGCUUCCACUGAACUCGGGGAUACUCCUAGGGGUCCUACUGCUACCAAGUCUGAAGAGGUGACAGGGGUGUCACCUGGCCUCUUCGUAACCCCUGAUGUGGCGCGAGAAGCUAAUACACCUUUUAUAUUUAAGAAAAGUGUCUCGCGUCGCCCUAUUCCAGAGGAAAGAUUUCGGGAGGAAACUGCCGAAUUUCAGGCCAUGACGCCCAGUGCUCGCGAAGCUAUGCUUUACACAGCCCUCCGGGAGAUGCGCCGACGACAAGGUUAG